GCCAGCGAAAGACAAGACAAGACAAGCCAGGCCAGCGGCGGAGGAGAGGGAGAGAGAGAGAGAGAGCACGCGACAGGAGGCAGGAGGGCGAGGAGGAGCUUGUAGAGGGUUAAGGAAGGCCACCGCCAUGGGGGACUCCAGCGGCUCCGUGUCGGUCGACGUCGAGCGGAUCUUCUUCGGCGGCAAGGAGCAUAGAGUAAGAACGAGGCAUGGCUCUCUUUCGGUUUCUGUGUAUGGAGACGAGGACAAGCCCGCGCUCGUAACUUAUCCGGAUGUAGCCUUAAAUCACAUGUCUUGCUUCCAAGGAUUGUUCUUCUGUCCGGAGGCUGCGUCCCUGUUGCUUCACAGUUUCUGCGUGUACCACAUCACACCUCAAGGACACGAGUUGGGAGCAGCUCCGAUUUCAGCUGAUGUGCCUGUGCCAUCUGUCGACGACCUUGCAGAUCAGGUUGCUGAUGUCCUCGAUUUUUUCAGUUUAGGGUCUGUCAUGUGCUUGGGUGUCACUGCUGGUGCCUAUGUUCUCACCCUCUUUGCAACUAAGUAUCGGGAGAGGGUUCUUGGCCUCAUGUUGGUUUCACCUGUAUGCAAAGCCCCCUCCUGGAGCGAGUGGCUGUAUAAUAAGGUAUUAUCAAACUUGCUUUAUUACUACGGGACACGUGGGUUAGUCAAGGAAAGUUUGCUUCAGCGGUACUUCAGCAUGGACGUUCGUGGUAACGGGCAAGAUCCUGAGUCAGAGAUUGUCCAAGCCUGCAGAAGUUUACUUGACGAGAGGCAGGGAGCUAACGUCUGGCGGUUCCUUCAGGCAAUUAGCAGGCGGCAUGACUUAACGGAAUCGCUGAAGAAGCUCAAGUGCCGGACGCUGAUCUUUGUUGGAGAAAACUCACAGUUCCAUGCGGACGCUGUCCACAUGACCACAAAGCUGGACCGGAGAUACUGCGCUCUAGUCGAGGUUCAGGCUUGUGGUUCACUUGUCACAGAAGAGCAGCCCCAUGCGAUGGUGAUCCCGAUGGAAUACUUCCUCAUGGGGUACGGGCUCUACAGGCCAUCGCAGCAGGAAAGCAGCCCCCGGAGCACACUGAGCCCGUUCUGCAUAUCACCCGAGCUUCUGUCACCGGAGAGCAUGGGGGUGAAGCUGAAGCCCAUCAAGACGCGCAUCUCGCUUAACGUUUAGCAUGGGUGGAUCUCGGAUGGCCAUGGCUUGACAACCACAGCUCAGCUCAUGAAAGUGAAGACUCCUUGGGCUGAGUUGUGCAGACACAGUUUUGAUGCCUUUCGGCACCUAGCGUUCGAAGAUCUACAGGUAGAAGGCAGAUUUGUUGUUAAUGGCUGUUUUUGUUCAUAUAUAUAAUAUAUGAUAUGUAACUUAGUACACAUGUAUAUCUCAACACGUCAUCGUUUCAUACAGUACAGAAAAACUAAAUGUGAAAGCUGAAUCCACGUCCGAUUCUC